UAUCAACCGAAAUGACAACAAACGGCCACCAAUCAAUUUCUACCACGACCGCAGCUGUUCCUCUUUUCAUACUAGUCUUGCGGGUUAAAUAAGAUAACGAUAGCGUUUAGAACGAACCACCGUAGCCCGCCGUGUGUAAAGGAUGUUGGUAUUCUUCAUUUACACACUAGUCGCCACAUUCUGGACCGUUGAAGGACAUGAUUUGAAGGGGUUCGAUGAUUCGGUGCUGUUCAAUCUUGUGUGGCACAACAGCGAGGACGUAAUCAUUGAAGCUCCAGGCUCGGAACACUUCUACGUAACGUCAGCCAACAAGGAAAAGUAUUUGUGUGUGAUUCCGCCAAUUACGUCUAAAGAAAGUGACGGGGAUGUAGAGUACAAUGGGCCCAGCCCGCUAGAGCUGCUUGAACCACUGUUCGUUUCGACGACCUGUUCCUAUCGCAUCGAAAGCUACUGGUCGUACGAGGUGUGUCACGGCAGUUACAUCAAGCAGUAUCAUGAGGAGCGCCACGAGAAGACGAGCAAGCUGCAGGAAUAUUUCCUUGGUCGAUGGGAUCAGCAGAAGACGGACGCAAUAAAAGCUAAAUAUGCGCAAGCGGAAGCCGAUAAGGAGCAGAUGAAGUAUAAAAAGAUCGAAGGGUUUAAUCUGCCGUAUCUCGAGCUGGAGAUGGAUUCGGGUACGAUUUGCGAUCUGAACGGUGAGCCACGUGUUACGAAAGUUCUGUACGUGUGUUACCGGUUCGGGAAGAAUGAGGUGUACUCGCUGAAGGAAACGUCCACCUGCAACUAUGAGGUGAUCAUACUGACGGCAGCCCUUUGUACGCACCCGAAGUACAAACCGCAGGACACGGAAGAAAACAAAAUUAGCUGCAGUCCGUUCGGUGAAUCGCCCCGCAAACCGAAAGCAAUACUGCAGCAGGAGGUGGACAAGUUGCGCCAAAAGUAUCAGCAACUGUCGGUCACUAUAAGCGAAGUGUUAGGAUAUGAAAUGCCUGAAAUGAGCGAGGAUGGUUCCAUUCGCGGUGAUCCAAUGCGUAAAGAUGCAACGUUCAAUUUUGACUGGAAAGCAAUGGAAGAUGAAACAGGCGAGAGUGAAGGAGAAACGCCAGUGUCAUCGAUGACCAGACGACCGAAGAAGUCGAAAGAGCUUACCUCGCUGCUGGAAUUCCUCGAUGGAGCAUACUGCUUACCGGGAGGUUCCGGUUGGUGGAAGUUUGAGCUGUGCUUUGGAAAACACGUCCGGCAGUACCAUAAAGAUACCUCUAUCUAUCUGGGAUACUUUAAUGUAGAGAAGCAUCGCGAAUGGUUAGAGAAGAAUCCUGUCGCACGGUACAAGCGUAAACUCGAGAACCAAAUCAGUCACUUCUACACCGGUGGUGACGUUUGUGACAAAACGAACCAACCGCGGCACGUGGAGGUUAAGCUCAAGUGUACCGAACAGUCCGGUAGCUCGGAUGUGAUCGCACUGUACCUGCUGGAACCGCGUCCGUGCGAGUACGUGCUGAACGUGGAAUCUUCGAAGAUUUGUGAUAUUUUACCGCUCGCUUCGGAUGAUAUGCUGCUGCCGGAAAAUUUGCGGCAACUCGAGGAAGAAACGCAACUCGUAGUGGACAGUGCUACUAAUGUAAAUAAUUGAUUUAAUCACUAAACAGUAAAUAAUGUACCGAUAGGAGAUUAGUUACUGUACUCUAA